AGGGCGUCCGUCUAUGGCUGCUUUGGUUCCAACACGGUUCCCGCUAUCUGUUGGUUCACCGCUUCGCUUUUAUCGUUUGCGGAAACCUGAACCUCCCUUCCUUCUCAUCUCCUGCUCCGUGAAGACGCUAUUUCGGUUUAGUGGUACAAUUGUAUUCUCCGGUUGCCGGAAUGUGAUCCCUCUUUCGCCGGCCGCUACUGGUGACGAUGAGUAUCAAGCGUGUUCAAGAAAGCCUCUCAACUUACCUCAGAUUUUCGCGCGCCUCGUGGUCUCUGUGGCGCUUGGUAUUGGCUUUGGAUUUUGCAUUGGCAUUCAUGUAAGUUCGGCUUCUGCGACCACUCUUCCCGCCUCUUCAUCGCUUCAAGAUAAGCAGACAACGGAAGAUGAAAAUGAAGGAAGAAAACACGAUAAUGACACAGAAAAUGUUUUAGACAAGGAUUUAGAAGCAGCUUUUAAUGCUUGGAAAUCUAAAACAUAUGCAUUGACUGUGCCUCUCAAAAUUGUUGCUCUACGUGGUUCUGUGCCUCCAUCAUGGAUCAAGGACUUCAUAAAAUCUCAAGGGAGAAGGUUAAAAUUUAAUGUGAAGUAUAAUACAAGUCUUGAGAGUAUUUUCUCAGAUCUGUCAAUUCCCUUCACUAAAGGAAAUAUUGGGCCUGCAUCUGCUUUGGCGGCAGAUAUUGUUAGUAUUGGGGACUCCUGGCUUAAAUUUGCCAUCAACAAAGCUAUAAUUGAGCCAAUACGUGAUGUUGAAGACCAGGAUUGGUUUAAAGGCCUAGAUGAGAGAUGGAAGGUAUACCUGCGCAGGAAUAGGGAGGGAGAAAUAGAUCCCAACGGUGACGUAUGGGCUGCUCCAUAUCGAUUGGGCUGCAUGGUUAUAGCCUACAAGAAAAACAAAUUUCAAAAGUAUAAUUUGGCUCCUAUGGAGGAUUGGGCAGAUUUGUGGCGGCCAGAGCUUGCGGGAAGGAUCUCAAUGGUUGAUUCCCCCAGAGAGGUCGUUGGUGCAGUUUUGAAGUAUAUGGGAGCCUCAUACAAUACCAACAACAUUAAUUUGCAAGUUGAUGGUGGGAGAGAUGCUGUUGAGCACAAUUUAGCCUUGCUUGCAAAGCAGGUUCGACUGUUUGACGGUGUCCACUAUUUGAAAGCUUUUGGAGUUGGAGAUGUGUGGGUAACUGUUGGAUGGAGUAGCGACAUCAUUCCUGUUGCCAAGCGCAUGUCUAAUGUUACAGUAGUUGUUCCAAAAUCUGGAGCUAGCUUAUGGGCAGAUCUUUGGGCAAUUCCAGCUGCCUCUAGGAUUCAAACAAACCGGAUUGGUGGCCGAAUCCGGGGCCCAUCCCCACUAAUCCAUCAGUGGAUCGAGUUCUGUCUGCAAGGUGCAAGAGCACUGCCCUUUAAACAAGAGGUUGUUCCGGGGACCUCUCCCAAUGCUCUUCAUGUUCCCUCAGCCAAGGCUCCCACGGAGCUCUCAAAGGGUAAGCCAAGACUAGAUACCAAUCUCAUUGCUGGAGCCCCACCACCUGAAAUACUAGAUCGGUGCGAAUUUCUUGAGCCAUUGUCUGAUUCAACGAUAUCAGAUUACGGCUGGUUGCUCGCAGCCAUCCAAGAACCUAAACGUGGAUUGUUACAUAAAGCGCGUGAGUAUAUUUCAUUGAUGAUUAAAUUUUCUGGAAAAUCUGAUCCAAAACUAGCUUGAAAAUUCGUUUAUUAGGAUGUGGAAUACUGAUCAGGGAUCCUGUCAGUUUGAAAUAUUAUAGGUUUAAUGUUAGAAGGAAUAGAAGGAACUAUAGAAUUGCCACGAUGUGGUUUAAGUGCCUCAUUAGGCUUGACAUGGAUGAGCAGAACUGUUUGGACCUAGAUGGGUACUUUAAUGAGAUGGAACAUCAAAAGUCAGAAAUUGGCUGAUGAGAUGGGAGAACCAUGGCACUUGUAUUUUUUCUUGCCUAAUGUGAGACAUAGUGUUAUCAAAUCUCUAUUAA